GUUAUCGAGGAGAUCCAUCUAAAACGGUCGAACGAACCAAACAGUUUUACUUACCACACAACUCACACGGUGGGAAAAACGAUCAAAACUUCUGGCUGUUGAAGAUACUUAGCGCAAUCUAGCAAAAAAAGAAAGGCCGAUUUUACGUCUAUUUCUGUUCAGGCGGGACAAGUCAAGCGAGUUGCAAGAAAGUUCCUAGUUAGAUCUUCACCGUCCCAGCGGACAACUUUUUUCUAACGAAGACUCUAGUACUGCUUCUUCAAAUUUAGGAAUUUACGGUGAACAACCCCUACUUGUUCCCCGUACCUACCACGACCAUUUCCUUUACCAAAAGAUGCCGCCACAACUCACUCCCGAGCAGGCGAAAACCGCCCUGGACGAAAUCUGGAACCGGUUUCAGCAGCCAGGAUAUCAAAAGGAAAAAUCCCCCCGCCCCAUAUCGAAAUGGAAAUCUGUGAUGCGGGACUUGUGUACACAAAUCGGCUUUGUCUUGUAGUAGAGGACUGCAGGCAGAUACAAUGCUGGAGGAGGAGCGUUCUGGUGUAGGCGCCUAGCAAGGCAGGCAUAUCAUCCGUAGGCCAUACAGCAUUACAAAUUGCCAGCAGGACGCGGCGAGGUUUUUGGAUUUGCCUUCUUGCAAUACAGAGACGAUCUGUGGUCUCAAAUCAGCAUCACAAAUUUUCAGAAGAAAGCAGUUUUGGUAUGGGGGAGGGGAAUUUUUCUUCACAAUACAGGAAACAAGAAGAAGUUAACGGAUUUGGUCGACGAAUGUAACAACGCGGAGAACCCCAUGAUGGCAAAAAUGCAGAAGUUUCCAGCAGCGGUCACGGAGAUCGUAGGGGAUUUGAUGGCGGCUUUGGGAUUUCAGGAAACGGAACUGAUGAUGGGUAUUAUAGACGAUCUUUUAUGGCUUUCUCAUGCAUAUGCAGUACGUGGAAUUGUGUUUGUGAUGCUUGCUAUGCAAAAUAAAAACGAAACCCAGAUUUUUCAAUGCAAAAUCAGGUGUCUUCCAGAUUCAGAUGCACGCUGCCAAAGACCCGGAUAUGCAACACAAAGUCGGAUUUCUCAUGCAGGCCUUCACGGGGAACAUGCCAAGUGAAAAGUCCUGCGAUGCCGGGUGCUGCGAGGCCGAGGUUUGCGAUUAAACGUGUUUAUUUGCGACAGCAUUGUCGUCGGACUGCGUUCAUCCUGCACAUGAACUCCUGCGAAGUUGGGUUACACGAGACCCAGUAGGGAAGAGGACAUUUAAGUAGACCAAAAUGACUUUGACUACCACACGACAACAAGCAGGAAUGUACUCGCAGGUCGUGACUACCAGCAUAAUUCAAUGCAAAACAAGAACGAACUUUCUACGACGAACAACAUGAGCUGCCAACUACGACACUUCUCGCGAAGUAGACCUUUUGUUUGCGCUUUUGCUUGAUGAAUUAUUUCACGACAGAACAAUAAAUAUGAGACUCCGGGUGAAAUUAUGGCGUAUAAAACAGAAAACG